GGCGUAUGGCCCCGAAGAGAAGAACUGGGGUACGCGGCGUCUGUUCAUUGACAAUAAUCUCGCUCAAGUGUAUAGGAAUUGCCCAUCGGGUACUGCUGCCUGCGCUUGGCCCGUUGAGCAUUCGGAAUAUGUUUGAUGAAAUGCGUGUACGUGCCCCAGGAUGCCGUAGAGCGCGAGCAGAUAUGCCUUUCGCGGACCUUCCGCUGCCUCCAUGAUCUUGAUUUGCGUUAAUUUGGGUCCUCCCGAAGCUAUAGUAGGGAACGUUUGGCUGACUGACAUAGGAUAUUGCGUCCCAACUUGUCAUGAAAUGGGCUCGACACGGUCCAAACGCAGUCAUUCAAGUAACUGAUGAUUUCACGCGGUUAACUCUAGAUACAAUUGCACUUUGUGCGAUGGAUUACAGGUUCAAUUCAUAUUACUACGAGUCAUUGCACCCAUUUAUCGCGGCCAUGGCGGAAUUCCUCAAGACUUCAGGGGAUAGGGCGAGGCGCAAUGCUCUAGUACAGUCUCUGUUUUAUCGGCAGGAGACGCAGAAGUACUGGGAAGAUAUUGCCCUGCUUCGGAAAACAAGCCAAGAGGUGAUCGACACGAGGAAACAAAAUCCAACGGACAAGAAAGACAUACUUAAUGCAAUGCUCCAUGGAGUUGAUCCACAAACCGGCGAGAAGAUGUCUGAAGAGAGUAUCAUCAGCAACAUGAUUACGUUUCUCAUUGCUGGUCAUGAGACUACUUCGGGGCUUUUGUCUUUUGCAUUCUACUAUCUCCUCAAGAAUCCCGACGCAUACGACAAGGCCCAGCAGGAGGUUGACAACGUCAUUGGGAAAGAUCCAAUCAAUGUUGAUCACCUCUCAAAACUACCGUAUCUUGCAGCGGUUCUGAGGGAGACACUCCGGUUAACACCAACAGCACCUUUAAUCGGACUACAGGCAAAAGAGGAUACUACCUUGGGCGGCAAGUAUCAGGUCAAAAAGGGUGUUCCUAUCGUUGCUCUCCUCCACAACAUCCAUCGUGAUCCAACGGUUUACGGUGAAGACAACGAAGCUUUCCGCCCAGAACGGAUGUUGGAUGAAAACUUCAAGCGUCUCAAUGAACAAUAUCCGAAUUGCUGGAAACCGUUUGGCAACGGAAUGCGUGCUUGCAUUGGCAGGCCCUUUGCAUGGCAGGAAGCGCUCAUGGUUACCGCGCUGCUUCUCCAAAACUUCAACUUCUCCAUGGAGGACCCCUCAUACAAGCUUCAGAUUAAACAAACCCUUACCAUCAAACCCAAAGGCUUCCGCAUGCGGGCCCAUUUACGCCACCAUAUCACACCGACGAGUUUGGAAAAGGUCCUGGCAACAUCCUCCGUUGGCGAUCGUGUGGCAACCAAGACGGCCGACUCACAAUCUACGCCACCCAUGCCAUCGGCAAAGCCUAGAGGAAAGGCUAUGCUCAUUCUCUAUGGCUCCAACACUGGCACUUGCGAAGCAUUGGCCAACAGAUUAGGAGCAAACGCCUCAAACCACGGAUUUCUUGCCGAGGGCAUUGAUACGCUCGACUCGGCAAGGGACAACUUGCCAAUUGACAAACCUGUGGUUAUAAUCACGGCGUCCUACGAGGGCCAGCCAGCAGAUAAUGCCGGACAUUUUGUCAAAUGGGUCGACGGCCUUAAGGAAUCCGAGCUGUCGAAAGUGGCCUAUGCUGUCUUUGGCUGCGGGCAUCGAGACUGGGCCAAGACGUUUCAUCGUAUUCCCAAACACCUCAAUGAAGUCAUGGAGAAGCGUGGUGGGACGAGGAUCGCUCCAAUUGGGACCGCUGAUGCUGCAUCAGGUGACAUCUUUACCGAUUUUGAGACAUGGGAAGACCAGGUGUUUUGGCCAGCAAUGAAACAACAAUACGGUACCACUGAUGCGGGUGAUGAAAGGCAAGAGUCUGGUGUUAAAGUGGAGGUCUCCGCACCACGGCCCUCUAUGUUACGUCAAGAUGUGAGAGAGGCAGAAGUUGAAGACGUACAGAUCUUAUGCAAGGCCUCUGCUGCGGAUCGCAUCGGAGAAAAGCGACACAUUGAAAUAAGUCUACCCUCAGACAUGACUUAUUCUGCAGGUGAUUACCUCGCCAUUCUGCCUUUGAAUCCGAAGGAGAACAUUGGUCGGGCUAUGAGGCACUAUGGACUUGCAUGGGACAGCAUGUUGACCAUAACGUCUGCUCGUCCCACGGUGCUACCUGUGGGAACGCCGGUUUCUGCGACAGACGUGCUUGGAGCCUAUGUCGAGCUUGCACAGCCAGCCAGCAAGCGCAAUGUAUUGGCCUUGCUGGAAACAACACCGGACUCGGAGACGAGGGAAGAACUGGAGCGUCUCUCGGAUGUUGACUUUGCGGCCGAAAUCACGGCGAAGAGGGUGUCAGUGUUGGAUCUUCUCGAAAGAUUCCCUUCCGUGCAGCUUCCACUUGGGGCUUUCCUGGAAAUGCUUCCUCCCAUGCGGGUUCGCCAAUACUCAAUUUCUUCUUCUCCCUUAUGGAAUCUCAACAAUGUUACCCUGACCUACUCCGUCCUUGACCAACCUGCCCUAAGUGGCCAUGGGCAAUUUGUUGGCGUCGCUUCGAACUACCUGUCCAGUCUGGAUCCUGGUGACAAGGUACACGUGGCCGUACGUCAGUCACAUCAGGCUUUCCACCUGCCCAAGGACGGCAAGAAUGUUCCAGUCAUUAUGAUCGCUGCCGGGACUGGCAUUGCUCCGUUUCGGGGUUUCAUCCAAGAACGCGCGGCACAGUUGGCUGCUGGUCGGAAAUUGGCCCCGGCUAUUCUCUUCUACGGCUGCCACUCGCCGACCAGCGAUGCCCUUUAUGCGGACGAGAUGGAGCGUUGGGAAGACCUCGGCGCAGUCUCCGUACGUUAUGCAUACUCUCGUUCCCCAGAACUGGCAAACGAUUGCUGCUAUGUUCAAGAAAGGGUGUACCACGAUCGCAAGGAGGUGGUUGAACUGUUCGAGGCAGGCGCGAAGGUGUUUGUUUGUGGUAGUCGGGAGGUUGGGAAAGGGGUCCAAGAUUGCUGUCUGAAGAUCAUAAAGGAGAGAAGUGAAGAGCAAGGCCGGCAUAUCAGUGACGAGACAGCUCGGGAGUGGCUCGAGAAACAGAGGAAUGAACGUUUCGCGACGGACGUAUUUGCUUAAGCCUCUCAUGGCAUGGUAUGUGAAAGUCAAAACACUGGUACAAGAGUGCAAGGUUUCCGGUUCGUAAUUUGCAAAAACAAGCAUCUAGCUUACCAUAUAUGCCUCUCCGUAAAGGCAGUCACUGAUAUUGUGUCUCACCCAUAUUGCGAGAUGAUUCGUUGGGAG